UGUUAAACAUUCAUCUACGUAGAUAUGUUCGUCGUAAUUACAUUACUAAUUGUUCUAACAAUUAUAAUUUAUAUAAAUUUCAUUGGAAAAUACAAUGAAAAGUAUUGGAAGAAACGUGGAGUCAAACUUUACGAAGAUAACAAAAUUUUAGGGAUUUAUUGGAAAUUGUUGACCAAGAAUCGUGCUUUGUUUCUACAAUUGAGUGAUAUCUACAAACAAUAUGCAGGUGAUCCAGCUGUAGGUGUCGCCUCUCUGUUUACACCAACUUUGUACGUAAUAGAUCCUGAAAAUGUUCAUCAUGUUAUGCAUACAGAUUUUCCAGCAUUUAACCAUAGAGGUUUCAUAGUAAAUGAAGACGAUCCCUUAUCUGAUAGUAUUCUGCAAAUGAAUGGAGUUAGGUGGAAGCUAAUGAGACAAAACAUGACUCCAUUGUUCACUAGUGCUAAGCUUAAGAACAUGUUCUACAUAAUAGAAAAAAGCAGUCGAGACUUCGUUGAAUAUUUAAAACAAAACCCAGAUAAAUUAAAAGGUGAUACUUACAACACGCUAACAAUUUUUUGUUGCAAAGCGAUAGGAGCAACUGUUUUUGGUAUUGACACAAAACCUGAAAUUAUUUCACCCUUUUUUAAAGCAAUCAGAGAUUCUUUUCGUCCGUCCUUAUGGAAUAGCACUAGAUACACUAUUAUGAUGGCAAGCCCGCGACUUUUUACACUUUUACGCCUAAAGCAAUUAGCAACAUUUAAAACAUUCUUUAUUAACGCCAUCAAACAAAUACUACGACGGAGGGAACAAGAGAAUUCAAGGAAAUACGAUUUCGCUGACAUAUGUGUUAGUAUACAACAAAGAGGUAUGAUGACAGAUCAAGAUACAGGAUACGAGUUAGUACCUACUGAUGAGUUAUUAGCUGCUCAAGGUUUCUUCUUCUUCUCUGCUGGCGUUGAACCAAUAGCCACAGCUAUAUUUAGCGUUCUUAUUCAAUUAGGAAAGCAUUUAGAUAUAUUGCAACGUGUCCAAUUAGAAAUUGAUGAGAUUUACAGAAAAUACGAUGGACAGAUAAGUUAUGAUGCAAUUAUAGAGACUGAGUAUUUGGACAAAGUGAUUAAUGAAUCUUUAAGGCUACAUACUCCAAUAAAUUUUAUAAUCAGACAUUGCGAAAGAGAAUCAGUAUUGCCAGUGGGAAAUAUUAAGGUCGAGAAAGGAACUAAAUUGUAUCUGCCGAUACGCGAUUUUCAUUUAGACCCGAAGUAUUUUCCAAAUCCACACACGUUUGAUCCAGAGAGGAAUUUAAUACAACAUGGAAGUGAAACGGUUUAUAUACCCUUCGGAAAGGGUCCUAGAGGAUGUAUAGGAGUUAGGUAUGCCCGGCUACAAAUGAAAACCGCUUUGGUACAUUUGUUGCAACAUUUUAAUGUUAAAACUAUUACGAAUGAAAAACAACCCAGCUUUAUAUGCGAUAUCUUUCAAUUAAGGUUCAAAAAUAUUGAUGUGAAAUUAUCUGCACGGAUUUGAAUAUCACAAUACAUGCUGCAAAUUAUAAGCUGAAUAAUUAAGUAUAAUAAUUAAGUACAAUUUCAAUGAAGAUAUUAUGCGAAUCAAUUUUAGAGCUAUAAAAAUUAUAUGUAAUAUAUAAAAAUUAAAUAAAAUACUUUUAAUAUU